CAGUUGAGGGGUGGGAAGGGGCGGUGAGGGGUAGGGGAACGUGGGCAACCAGGGAGCUGAGGGUAUAGGGGCAGGGCAAAGAAGGUGCUGGAGGUCAGGGGCCGAGGGGCGAGGGGGCCGAAGAGGGCCGAAUCAGGGACUGGGACACGAAGGUCCCGGGGAAGGGGAAGCAGGAGGGAGGAGGGGUCAGGCGGUUUUACUGGGGAAGCAGGGGCGCUGAGGGGCAGAAAGGGACCAGGGGUCGAGGGAGGCAGUUUAGGAGGGAGGGCAGAGGAGCUGCAGUUGUGCUAAGAUCGUAACAAAAUUUAUUUAGGGGAAGCAGGGAGCCAAGGACGGGAAGCAAAGUGGGUGACAGGGAGAGGCCCGAGGGGGUGAAGGGGAGAGAGGGGGAGGACGAAGGGAAUGGAUGGCAAGGGAACGAAGAAACAACUGUGGGAAAGUGAGAGUAUCAGGGUGAGAUGAAAGACCAAGUUCCAGCGAAGGGCCUAGAGAUGAGCAAAAGAAUAAAGAUGAGCAAAGGCCUGUUAGACUUCCUGCUUACCCAGGAAGAUGGUUCCGAAAGUUGCUAUUCUGUUAAGGGUAACUCAGGAUCUCUGCAUCUUACAGACUUCGUCUGGUGCCAAGCAGAGAGAAUGGAUGGUCGGAGAAGGAACCUGGAACCUCCAUCAACUUUUGGAAUGCUUCAGUCUUCAGGUCUUGGUGGGCUCAUUCCUCCAUCUCAUUUUCAAACACGGCCCCUUCCAGGCAUGUCCAGGAUGACCUCAGUCCAGUCUCCACCUUUGCCCCUUAUCUUGCCUUCAUCCCAUCAUAGUAACCAUAAUCAUAGAUGGGAGAAUCAUAGACUACAGAUUCUGAGGCAACAAGAUGGAGCAGGUGAUAGUGAGGAGCCCAAAAGAAGAGGCAGGUCUCUGGAUCAUGUGGGGCCACAGCACAUGAGAUCUCAGACUGAGAUAAUCUCUCAGCACCUGGAAGAGAUGCGAAGACUGGAGAUGGAGAGCCAGGCCUUGCGGGUGGCAUCAGCCCAUCAGAAGGCCCAAUUGGCAACCCAGGCUGAGGAACUGGAAGUCUUAGGACAGGCAGAACAGGCUAUGCGGGUUGAAGUAGAAGAGCUUCGUACUGCCUUGGCUGGGGCAGAGCUCAUCCGUCAGAAAUUGGAAGAAGCAAACAAACGAGAACUAGAAGAGACUCAGAAGCUUCACAAAGAGCAGAUCUCCCACAUGACAGCAGCUCACCAGGAAGUUCUUAAUACUCUGGCCAACAAGGCCCAUGAGUUGGAGGAGAAACUGAAGGCCAUGGAAUCUAAGAGGGAAGAAGAUACUAAGGAGUUGACCCUUGUCCAGAGAGAGGCCACGAUGUUAAGGGAGGAAUUAAGUAAAGCCCAUGCGGAGCUUGAGACCCAGAUGGCCCUUGUUGAGCAGCUUAGGAGGUAUAUAGGGGAUCAGUUCCCCUCAGAGAACAAGAACCUGAUAUGGGAACAGGAGCGGAAGCAGCUGCUAGAGACUGUGCAGCAUUUGCAGGAGGAUCGAGACACCUUAUGUGCCACUUUGGAGUUGCUACAAGUUCGAGUGCAGAGCCUCCAAGACAUACUUGCCCUACAGGAAGAGGAGCUGGGUCAGAAGGUCCAGCCCACAGACCCCCUUCAAUCUGAGGAAGCCAAGAAGGCUCAGGCCAUGUUGAGCCGGUGGAGGGAAAAAGUAUUUGCCUUGAUGGUCCAGCUGAAAGCCCAGGAGUUGGAACAUACUCAACAUACCCAAAAACUGAAAGGAAAGGUAGCAGAACUUGAAGGGGAGGUAGCAUCCAGGAACCAGGAGUCAGCCAUCUUGCAUCGAUCUUUGCAGGACAAAGCUGCUGAAGCUGGGGUAGAAAAAGCAAACAGCAAGAUGCUGCAGGGGGAGCUGAUCCGAGCUCAGGAUGCCAGGCUGUGGCAGCAGCAGCAGACAAAGGUGGCUGAAGAGCAUGUGAAGCUUGUGGCCCAUGCUGUGAACAGCUCCCACAACUGGCUACAGAAUCGGGUAGCUAAGGUGGAGGAGGCUGUAUCUCAGCUUCCCAGACUCAACAACCGACUUGGCUAUGCCACCCGGCAGAUCCGUACUAUUCAAGGCCUUGUGGCUCGGAAGAUAGCACUUGCACAGCUGCAUCAAGAACAGAGCUCCCCAGCCCCACUGUCUGAAGAAAUGGGACUUGAGUUGCAGCAGCUAAAAGAAGAACGAAAGCGAUUAGAUGAAGAGCUACAACUGAGUGCCCGCCUCAUCCAGCAAGAAGUGGGCCGGGCACGGGAACAAGGGGAGGCAGAGCGGAUACGACUAAAUGAGGAGGCCCGGCAGUUGGAGCAGGAGUUGCAAAAGACCCAGGAAUCUUUGGCUGAGGUUGGGAUUCAGCUGCAGGCGGCUCGAAUGAGUCAGAAGGAGAGCACAGAAGAGGCUGCCUGCCUUCGGCGGGAGCUAACCCAGCAGCAAGAGGCCUAUGGAAGAGCCUUACAAGACAAGGUGGCCGAAGUAGAGACAAGGCUUCGGGAACAACUUUCAGAGAUGGAGAGAAGACUGAAUGAAGCCCGAAGGGAACAUGCUAAAGCUGUGGUCUCCCUUCGCCAAGCCCAACGUCAAGCAGUCCGAGACAAGGAACGUAAUCAGGAGCUGGGACGUCUACAGGAGGAGGCCCAGAGGGAAGAAGGAGUCCGGUUGAGGCAGAGGCUUCAAGAGUUGGAACGAGACAAGAACCUCAUGUUGGCCACCCUAAAGCAAGAGGGUCUCCUUUCCCAAUACAAACAACAGCGGCUAUUUGCAAUUCUUCCUUCCCCAUCACUGGAACCCAGCCCUGGAACCUCUGGAACUCUGCUUCCCACCAGAGAACUUUUGAAAGGAUCUUCUCUUUCUGACUUGCUGGAAGAUCUACAGGAAAUGAGUGAGGUUAUCACUCGAGAAGAAGAGGAGGGAGACAACGGGAGAUGCUCGGUUGUAUCACGGGCAACAAUGACCAAGCCCUAUUUUUGAAGACCCUCCACCCCCAGGCUCCAGUCCCACCUGGAGAGAUCUUCCCGAUAGUGGAGUCUGGCCCCCUGAACCUCCUAGCACAACUACUCCCCAACCUCCAUUCCCUGAUGACCCAUGGCCUGCUGGACCCCAACCCCCUGAGAAUCCCUGGCUUCCUGGCCCUGAGAUAGACGAUGAUGAUCUACCUUGAUCUACCCAGGGAAGAAUACAGAUAAUCGGAUGAUCCCAAUCCCCCUCUCUUACGUGCACAAAAGCCUAAUUCAUCUCUUUCCCUAACAAUCUUUGCCCUUCUGACUUCACUCUUCUCAUGGAGAUUUGAGCUUUCCUUUCAUCUUUACCAAAUUCUUUUUGAUCACCUCCAGAGCACACCCUACGUCGAUAUUCUGGCCUCUCCUUCCCACAUCAAUUCUUUUCUAACUGGAGUGGCACAGAGCUGUGUUUUCUGCCACCAUUUUGUGGCCAUGAGAGGCAAGUGAAGAUGGACAAUACCAGAGCUUUCAUGAAAUGGAAUAAAACCACACUAAUAAUC